UGACAAGCUGUUUAUUUAAUACGUGUGACGGACAGAUGUGUGUGAGAAUGCAGCAGGAAUGCUUUACUGUCCGUCUCUCUGUCUGUCUUACAUUUGAUUUUCUCACACAUUUAAAUAGAUACUAAACAGACAUUUAAUCACAGGACUGAUCUCAGCGCGAGCACGCGCACAUACACCUGUGCACGUCGAACUGCAGAACGCUCGGUUUAGCCGAUUUAGGUUUUCGCUCACGAUCAAGGGAAACCCAUUACCCGUAUUUAUCAGAUGUGAAGGCGUCGCAUUUCUUUGUGAUCGUAUGCAGGUGUUUUUGAAGCGCAUUGGAUGAGCAUGCAUUAGCGCAGCAUCAGUUUGUCAGUGCGCAUGCGCACGCUGGAAGAGAGCAUGAGCCCGCUGUCAGUGCUUUGGAGAAUCAUGAGAUAUCUGCUCCUCCGACCCGAGACACUGCUGCUCCUCUGCAUCAGUCUCGCUCUCUGGAGCUAUCUCUUUCACACCGAUGAUGUAAAGACCAUCGUCCAAUCCAUGAACGUGAUGAAGGGUAAGAUGAAAAUGACGCCGACUGAUGGAGAUGAUGUUGUGGAUGGACAGAAGGUGUCCAGGACAUGGGAGUUCAGGAGUCCGACCGCAGCCGUGUACUCUAUCCAAGGCAAGAGAGAUCAUAUGGAGGACAGGUUUCAUAUUCUCACUGACACCAUCAACAGAAGCCAUCCAGACAUCUUCGGCAUUUUUGAUGGACAUGGAGGAGAGGCAGCAGCAGAGUAUGUACUGACUCAUCUUCCGGCAGUCCUGAGUAAACAGCUCCAGCAGUAUGAGAGACAGAAGGAGAACAGCCUUCUGAACCAUCGGUCAAUCCUCAAGCAGCACAUACUUAACAUGGACAAAGAGCUUGUGGAAAAACUCUCAGCCUCAUAUGAUGAAGCAGGAACUACAUGUCUGGUGGCUCUGCUGUCUGAGAAGCAGCUGACUGUAGCUAACGUUGGCGACUCAAGGGCCGUGUUGUGUGAUAAAGACGGUAAUGCCAUCUCGCUGUCACAUGACCACAAACCCUACCAGCUAAAAGAGAGAAAGAGGAUCAAGAAAGCAGGUGGCUUCAUUAGUUUCAAUGGAUCAUGGCGUGUGCAGGGCAUUCUGGCCAUGUCACGUUCACUCGGGGAUUAUCCAUUAAAGAAACUGAACGUGUUGAUCCCUGACCCUGAUGUACUGACAUUUGACCUUGACAAACUGCAGCCUCAGUUUAUUAUUUUGGCAUCAGACGGACUUUGGGACACCUUUAGCAAUGAGGAAGCUGUACAUUUCAUCAAAGAACGUCUCAACGAGCCGCAUUUUGGUGCUAAGAGCAUCGUCCUUCAGUCGUUUUAUCGUGGCUGUCCUGACAAUAUCACUGUGAUGGUGGUAAAGUUAAAAAAAAGACGCUCUAAAGCUGCUGGCCAGUGAAGAUGAAUCAACUCUUAAAUGUAAAACUUAAUGUAAACUAGACUAAGUAUUUUUAUGAAUGAAUAAUCAAAAGUCACAUUAUGCAUAAGUUUAAUGCGAGAUGAACACUGUCAACUGUAUUUUUGGAGCAAUUGUUUGUAUUCACAUUAAUAGUACAAAUGUACGCAAAUCCCUAUUAAAUUUUCAGCAAUC